GUUUAGGCAUGUGUAUACUAUGAAAAACGCGAUUUUAAGUAUUUAAAAAUAAAUUGUUUCAGUAGUUACGGUGGUACUGCGAAACAAAUUUCAUUGCUCAAAAACAAUAUAAUAUUAUAAUUUAAAUGAAAAUUACAAAUUAACGAUUUUUUUUUAUGACAAUCCUGCGAGGUCCAAUUUCAUGAUUGCGUCGAUAAUAUUCGUUUAGUUAUAUUUCAGUAAGCACGCUAAAUAAUGACAAUUUUAGAUACAAUGGGCAAGAAGCAACUACUAGUUCUAGUCAUACUUAGUCUUACAACUUCAUCACUUCAAGAUAUCACCGAUAAGAAUGUGGACACGCAAGAAGAGAGUCCGUUGGCUGACGUCGCUAAAGAAAUUUUGAAAGAAAAAAAUUUAGAAAAUAUAGGAGGAAUGGUAAACAGUUUUAUGCAGUCUGGUGGUGCUAAACAGCUAAUGGAUGGUGUAUUACAAAAUUUGGCGACUAAUGAGAAUUCCCAACAGCUACUAGAAGGACUAGGGAAUAUUUUACAAAAUGUAGGUUCUGCUGACAGAAAAGUAUCCCAGAAGAAGUCAAAUGGUGAUGUCAAUCCAAUGGAACUACUUUCUGGACUAGGCUCGCUUGUAGGUGCCAUGCAAGGUGGUGGAGAUGGUCAAGCAAAUCCUGCUGCUUUAUUGCAAGGAUUAGGCUCCAUACUUGGUGCUGCUAAUGGAGGAGAUGGAAAUAACGCAGGAGACCUUAUCCAAGGUAUAGGCUCACUCCUAGGAGGUGCUUCACAAAAAAACAACAAAGAAGCAGGUGACGCUAAUCCUACAGCAGCUCUACUACAAGGAUUAGGAUCUAUUUUAGGUACCGCUGCAAGUAAUAAAGAAGGAGGUAAAGGCGAUUCACUUAUGCAAAGCCUGGGUGCACUUAUGGGAGGCGGCGAAGGUGGAUUGAAUCCAGAACUUAUAGGCAACAUGAUGAAUAUGUUCGCGAAUUCCCAACCCGAAGCUGGCGAAAAAAGGAGUUCUAAGCGUGCUGAGAAAAAAGGAAAAAAACCAAAGAAGGCAGUUGAGAAGAAAAUAUCUAUUGGCGACUCUGAAAAAAAUGCUGGUGAUUUUGGUCCAGGCAUAGAUGAUCGAAAUAAAGUAAAAGAUGAAGAAUUGAAGGAUGGUGAAAAAUCAAUUGAUGAUAUAAAUUCUGUGGAAAGUCAAUUACCAGACGAUAGGCAUAGGGUGAAAAAUCAGCCUACAAAAUCUGGAGAUGAUAUAGAUUCAACAAAUAAUCCACAAAUAAAAAAUAAGAAAAAAGGAAAAAAGAAAUCGGGUUCUUCUUUUGUCAAUCCACUUGAUGCAAUAUCCAAAUCACGAAGUGGGUUAGAUCUUGCAGUGCAUUUGGAAAAUAUUCCUUUGUACUUUAAACUGGCCAAGUCAUUCGGUGGACCAGAAUUGAAAAGAUAUCUUGACCCUGUGGACGAUAUAAUGGAGCUUUACCAGGAUAUUUCGAAGACAGGAGGUGGCUUUGAUUUGAGCAAGGUUAUCAAGAAAUUGGGAAAGAUUUACAAAGCAAUCAUGGAUAUAGUUAUUCCUCUACUACCACCUCGCUUACCAUCAUCGGUGGAUCCAUCAGCAAGUAGCGGGGAUGAUUUUGGUAAUUUAGUCAAUAUGGCUACGAAUUUACUCGGUCAAGGCCAAGAAGAUGGAAAUGGGGAUUCCAAUUUUAUGGGCCUUUUACCAAUGAUAAUGAGAACAAUCGGUGCUUUUACAGGUGAAGAAGCACAAGCACGGUCGGGUAGCCAUUCGGAACAUUCUGGAAUUUUACCUCCCGCCCUAGAAAAAGUCCACGUUUUAUAUGACAUUUUCAUGAAUUCGGAAAUGGGCAAAUAUGUCGUUGGAUUUGUUAGUAACCAGAAAGCAUUCAAGUUAUUCCAAGAUGAGAAUGGUACUUUCAGUUUUGACAAAUUCGUAGAAAUGAUUGAAAAUCAUUCCUUCAGAAGGCAUUGGAUUCAACAAGUUACAAAUAAGCUGAUCCAGUCCCUGAAACUUGUGUCAGAUGAGAAGACUUACAAAAAAUAUAUUGGUAUGGGUAUCACGUUUGCCAACUCUUUCUUAGCGAACUCUGGUUUUCCUAAAGAUACUCUAAUAGACAUGAACAAGCCGGCAAAAUCUAUUACCAAUUUUGCAAAUUAUGCUGCUUGGAAGUUCCUAGAUACUAAAUUGGAUUCUGCGGAAUAUGUUGAACCAUUUGUAAAAUAUACACAAGAUAUCCUCAAAAUGGCCAAAUCAUCCAUAAAACUUGGCACUCAAAACAGGGAACUUCAAGACAAGCUAACAGAUACGAUUAAUAUGGAAAUUAUCGAACCCCUCACCAGAGUCAAUAGAGCGUACAGGUUUGCCAAAACACAGCCCCAAUGCGACAGGUAUAUUUUCUGUCUGAUAAACGAAAAAGAAGCACCAAAUGAACCAGGAACCCUACCAACAAUGAAAAAAGCCUUAUAUAAGGGAACCAGUUUGGUAGCUACUUGGUUUUUAACUUCGCAUACAAAAACUUCAUAUUGGGACCUUUAUGAAGUUAUAGUGAAUACCAACAAUUGCAACCUAUACUACAACGACCUUUGCAACGGAUUCUACCAUGAGGAAAUUAAAGCAACGACUGAAUAUGUUCACAACGAACUGUAGAUAGUUAGAAGUUUGAUUGAGAAAAAUACCGUAUUUUUUUUAUAUAAAUACAUGCAUUUGCACCUGAACGAGUAUCGCAAAGAUAUGAAUGUUUUUAAAAUUCAUUAAAUUUCAUUUAAAUAUUUUGUGUACGCAAGUACAGAUACCUACUGAGCAAUGAAGUUUGAUUUGAAAACAAAUAUUUUGUUAUUCCCAUUAUUACUUACUUUUGACUGCUUUGAAAUAUAUAUUAUGUUAAAAGUUUGCCAGGCAGAUAUACCUACUACCAAAAAGUUAUAAAUUAGAUGAAAAUAUAUCUGUUUGGCGAACAUUUAUUGUUUGUGAUGUAGACUGUAAUAUAGACUUUUUAAUUACUCAAUUGAA